AUGGUGUGCAUGCGCACUGCAUGCUCCUGCCACAAUUGGAGCGCAUUGCUGCAUGGAACACUUGGAGCAGGCCAGCAUGUUACCCUCCCAUAUACAUACAAUCACUCUCACCUUGCACUUUUCGAUGAGCCAGUCAUUCAUGUGGAAGCCCGGGAUGAUCUCGUAGUCACCAUCACCCUUGGACCGCGCAGGCAUGGAGUACACCAGCCCCUCUGUGAAAAGACGAGGGCGGGGCAGCUGAGCUAUGCCGGCCCUGGGGGGGCCACCACCCAGCAGCGGCAGACAGGCAUGACAAACAGAUCCUGA